AGUUUGACAGCUCAGCUCUUUUAGUGCUCAGACGCAGAGACGCAGCAGCAGCAGCAGACAGCUGGACUCCCCCUCACUGGACUUUCCUCUUUUGUCUUCCUCCCAGUUUUUAUCUUUUUUGUUGGUAUGUGUGCGGUUUGCGUCUCCUGCUGGCUGUGAGGAAUAUCAUGUGGUCCUAGGUUUGGUCACUUUUCCCCGUCGGACCUGUUUUUAUAUAUUUUUUUAGGCUGGUGUCGUGUUUUUUUUUUCUUUAUCGGGCGUCGCGAGAGAGUAAGUUAAACAUGUCGCGGAGCGCGGAGGAGGUGAGCAAGCUCACUGAAAGUACAUACAAGAGUGUGAUGGACCAGUUCAACCCAGGACUGAGGAAUCUGGUCAACCUGGGCAAAAGCUAUGAGAAAGCAGUGGCUGCGAUGAUCCUGGCGGGAAAGUUGUAUUUUGAUGCUUUGUCUAAGAUUGGGGAGAACGCUGCAGUGUCUCCUGUCUCCAGAGAAUUAGGUGUAGUGCUGAUGGACAUCUCAGAGGUCCACAGGAAGGUUAAUCUCGAACUGGAAGAAAAUUUUAAGAGGUUCCACAGGGAGAUCAUAUCCGAGCUGGAGAGAAAGACCGACAUGGAUGUCAAAUACAUGACAGCUACAUUUAAGAGGUACCAGGUGGAGCACAAGAUGAAGCAGGAGUCUCUGGAGAGGUCCCAGUCAGACCUGAAGAAGCUGAGGAGGAAGAGCCAAGGCAAGAACGCCAACAAGUACGAGAACAAGGAGAGCGAGUGCUUGGAAACAUUGACAAACCGUCAGAUGGACAUGCAGUUGUUCAUCGCAGAUGGCUGUAAGGAGGCUCUGCUGGAGGAGAAGAGACGCUUCUGUUUCCUGGUGGACAAACACUGCAUGUUCUCCUACCAGUUUGCUUCCUUUCAUGACAAAGCCAGAGACAUGCUGAUGGCAAAGCUGAACAGCUGGCAGGACCAGUGCAACGACGCCACCAACAUGCCUGAAAGUGUCUUGUCGAUGAUCGAGGGACUGCGCACGGCUGUCCCCGUCACACCUCUGCCCUCUCCGUCCCCGUCACGGCACAGUGUGAACAUGUCUGCUCCGCCGGCCCCACCUCUGAAGGCUCAGACCAGUCCUCUGGCUAACAUGUUCACCCAGGAAAACAACACCACCACUGUCACCAGCACUACAAACAGCAUAGACCACGGGAACAGUGAGGAGAACAAUCUUGCCAGGUCUGUGUCUGUCGCCACUGGCCUCAACAAUAUGGUGAAGAGGCCACGUGUGCGCACCAUCUUCCCCCACACUGCCGGCAACAACAGCACGCUGCUCAGCUUUGACGAGGGAGACGUCAUCAUCCUGCUCAUCCCCGACGAGAGAGACGGGUGGAUGUAUGGCGAGCUGGAGAAGAAUGGAAAGAGGGGCUGGUUCCCUUCAUCAUACUGCCGUGCACUCUCCGAGCCUCUCGUGAAUAACAACAGUGUCUCUGCUGCCCCGUACCGCAGUAGAAGUGUUGUCAACCUUCACCAUCAGGACACGGAGACAGACGAGGCCACCAUGGUGCUCCCCCCAGCGGACUACUGUGACACCCUACAGCUCAAUGCCAUCAAGAACAAUACCAGCGCUGUCACCACAAACAACAACCACCACCACUCCCCGACGCCCUCUGCAGCCUCCUCCACCUCGUCUGAUCACACGGCAGCGCAGCCAAACGGCACCUCAAGACCUACGCCUGCUUACCUAGCGGGAGGGAACCCAUUCGCCACCAUCCGGCUACGUCCAACCAUCACCAACGACCGCUCUGCACCCGUCAUCUGAUCGGUCCACAUUUCCACACACCCUCCGUCCCCGCAACAUCUCGUCAACCUUCCUGUGUCCUCCACCUGUGACGUGCAGCUCCGCCCUGCCUUUACUGUCCAGCAGCUUCUCCUGGUCUCUUUGAAACACACACAGAACUUGGCCAGCAUCAAGAAGAUUUAAAAAAAAAAUGCCAUUUGAAUCUGGGAUCCUUCACUGCUGCAAACUCACAUGGAAGUAUUUUGGGACCGUUUUAUUUUACAGAACAGAUGGUCAUAUAUUUAAUAUAUAUAUAUAUAUAUAUAUAUUUUCUAUGUCUAUUUUUGUCCCUCUGUUUGUGGUGGUGAUGUUUAAAUGACCACAGUCUUUACCUGCACUUGAGAAAUGGAUGAAUAAAAAUGGUCAAAGAAAAUACUGCAAUGUAUUUAUGCUGUUGCUUGUUCAUCGUCAAAAUGACUGUUAGAAAUCUUUUCUGUUGCCAUAGGACAGACAGUAGAAGAAUGUACUGUAGAGGACCUCUUGCAUUUCACCUUCAGGUCCUUAUGAAAAUGUCGCAUCUUAGCGUCGAUACUAAAAAUGUCGUUGACUGUUGCCGUGAGGAGAGGAAAACGCUAAGGGAUGCAUCCAAAAAAGGCACACAAGUGAUCUUUAGUCCGUCUUGUAUAUACAUUUGUACAACAGAUGCUAUAAAUAUUGUCCUUUGCCAUCUAACUUAACGUUUUUGUAGAGCUAGACGACCGAGGAGCGAGGACUCUUGCCUUAAUGACACAAACAUAACUACUGUAAAAAUAUAAUUCACCUGUUGUGUUCUUCAGAUUUUCAACAAUGGUCUCAUCUUCACAUCAACAGUGCAGUCAUUUCUGCUUUAAUCAUGACACGUGGCAUUAUAAGCACACCUCUUGGCCCGAUUACAACCUUAAUAGAAUUUGCUGUAUGAAAAAUAAAGAUUUAUUUCUUCAAAUGUGCCGUUUAGUUUGUUACACUGUACAAGGAAUCCACAGUGUCUGUGUGAGUGUUCUUAUUAUGUAUAACAGUAUAUUUUUAGCAUUUAAUGUUCAUUUGUUUGAAAAAUGAAAGGAGCAGUCAAAAAGGUAAGUAGCAUUCAUUUUUAAUUACAGUAACUCAUAUAUAAAAAGUAAGAACCUCAAUCAUAAGAGCGUGCGUAGUGUGUUUUCUAAAGCAAGAUUUGUUUUAAAAUCACUCCCACCCAGUUCUCUCUUUUCUUCUGCCAUGGACAGUUAUAUAACAUCUUGCUGUGAUGGAAGACGUAGACACAGAUACUGCAGAUACAGGGACGUAGACAUUCUCCAUUGAUUGUCUGGUUUGGGAGGAAUGGGGCAGGGUGACUUGUCACGGAGUACUAAGAUAAAAAUCCAGAGAUUAUACACAUUAUUGAGAGAUUUGUUUUUUUUUUCCAGCUUUUCCUCCCAGCAUGCUUCCAUGAAGUGAAAACUCCACAUGUUAAAAGGAGGAGUCUGCACUUUGACAUAAAGAGUCCUCAUGAAGUCAAACAGUGAUUGAGGUUGUAAAGUCAAGGGCGUUUUCAGAUUGUAUGUACCUGAGGUCUGCAUUGGCCCUGGAAAAAGCACAACCCAGCAGAAUAAUCAUCAAACAAACUGUCAGUGCAAAUAUGGCCCCAAGAAAUUAUAUCCACAAAAACAGACAAAAAUGGCGCAGGCUUUCUGUCUGAGACGAGUCCGUUGUUUCAGCCGGGACAGUUCACCUCCGAGGAUCUUUACAUGUCUUUUUUUUUUUUUAAA